AUGACGACGCCUAUUCCUUCUUCAACUUUAUCACUACCACAGUUCCACGAACCAUCUCAGCAUCAUGCCUUCAUCAAUCUCUUCCGGCACUUGGUAUCCCAAUACGAGACACACGCAUGCAUCUACUAUCAAGAAGGCAACAGCACGUCCUUUCACUGCUUGACCUAUGGCCAAGUCGACCACAUUAGCACCAAUUUGGCAUGUCACUGGGCAUCUUUUCUACCUGCUGCUGGUGGCCAUAAAAAUCAUACGCCGGUUGGUUUUUUGGCCGACCACUCUAUCGAUUACUUUAUAUGCUUUCUUGCUAUUCUCAAGCUGCGGAUACCUUUUCUCGCCCUGUCGCCUCGUAACUCGAAUAUGGCAAUUGCACACCUGCUUGAAAAGUCAAGAGCUGGGUUACUUUUAGCAUCCACAAAGUAUGAGCUUAAAGCUAGGGAUGCGUGUAACCUCGUCAACAAGCAUCAUGAUGAAGAAGAUGAGACGCUGCUGGUGUUGUCCCAUCAGCUGUUUUCACCCCUGGAUCUCGAAACCCUUUUAAAAGAGCCAUUGCAUCGUGACGCUUAUGAUGUUGUUAAUACGCACUUCACAAAAGAUGAUGGCACUAUGCCAGUACUUUACACUCAUAGUUCAGGGACCACAUCCUUUCCCAAGCUUAUUGCCCAUACGAAUCAACGUUUCACGCUGAUGGCCCAGACGUUUGCUUAUGACUUUCAAAAGAUGCAGCAACGAUCAAAAUUCACCUUAGGUGUCACCGAUGUCUUAUUAAAUACCUUUCCGCUGUUUCACAUUGCAGGGAUGGAACAAACAUUUGCUGCAAUGGUGCAUGGCAGCUCAUGCGUGUUCUUAUCCCAGCCUCUUGCACAAUCCACAGAUCUGGUACGUGCAAUGGAACAAUGUCCCGUCACGUAUGCCGCCUUACCGCCUUUGAUGCUUGAUGAUCUUGCCAUGUAUCUCAAGAGCACCGCUAAUUAUGAACCUUUUCAGCGGCUCAAAUACAUCACGUUUGCAGGUGCUCCAUUACGGCAAAAUGUCGGUGACUUUUUAGCUGCUCAUGAUAUCCGCUUGCAGAGUGUGGUUGGAUGUACAGAGCUUGGCGUUUGUUUAUGGAACGAUUUUAAUGAACAACGAGCACCUUGGAAUGCAUGUAGACCCUCUGGUCUUAUAGCAGAGUAUUGUUCAUGGGAGCCAUUUGAUGAGCUUUUGGAGGUAUACCACUUGGUGAUCAAAGCAGGAUGUCCAAAAAUGUCACCUUGCAUUGCGAAUCGUGUCAAUGGCGACUUUGCAACCAAUGAUCUAUUUAUGGAGGACCCGCCAAGUUCUGGUUACUGGUGUCACCUUGGUCGUAUUGAUGAUACUUUGGUGAUGGAGAAUGGAGAAAAAACGAAUCCCACACCUAUGGAACAUGUUAUUCGUGCAUCGCCUGUAGUCAAGCAUUGUAUUGUCAUUGGACAAAAUCGCCCCUGUACAGGUGUACUUGUUGAAUUGAAAGACAACAUUGCUCAUAAGGAUAUCAAAGAACAAGUGCACGCUGCAGUAGCUGCUGCCAAUAAUGAGGCACCAGAUCAUAGCCAUAUUCUACCACACAUGGUCUACAUCCUCUCCAGCGAUGAGCAUUUGCCAUUGAAUGCAAAAGGAAAUGUUGUUCGAAAAGAGACAAUGGAGCAGUUUAAGGAUGUCAUUGAAAACAUGUAUGACGAAUUUAUGCAAGGAACAACCUCCACGUUGAAUGUGCCCAAAAGUUCAGAUACCAUCAUCCUACCGAACGCCCAACAACUCGAAUCUUUCCUUUGCAAUGAAAUUGCUUCCGUAUUGGGAAAGGAACCUUCGCUCAUUACCACCAACAAGAAUCGCUCAUUAUUCGACCUUGGUCUCAAUUCACUGCUCGUCAUUCAUCUACGCAACAUCAUUACCAAAUCAUUGAAGGUAUCCAUACCCAACAAUUUUAUAUACGAGCAUCCAUCCAUCCAUGCCUUGGUACACGCUUUGAGGAAAAGACAAGAUGACCAAUCCACUACUACCAUUACCACCAUGGAGCAGCAUUACAAAGAAACACAAGCUUUGCUUGAUGGUUAUCUUGCACGUGCCAAGCAUGAUUUUCAAAAGUGCGUUGCGAUACACCAGCAACAUCAUGGCCACGUCGUGUUGCUUACCGGUGCCACAGGAUCCUUGGGUUCAUUUAUGCUGUGCGACUUGAUUGAAUCGUCACGUGUCACAAAGAUCUAUUGCUCUGUGCGCGCAACCACCCAUGCAGAAGCCAUCAACCGCAUCCGUCAAUCAUUUUACGAUCGUAUGCUUGAUGUAUCAUUGUUGGAUCAUGUCAAAGUGGAAGCACUACCAACCGAUUUCAACGCAACCUACUUUGGGUGGGGCAAGGAAACCUAUAGUCGACUACGUCAAGAAGUCACCAUGGUACAAGCAUGUGGUUGGCUAGUGGAUUUCAAUCAAACCAUCACCCAUUUUGAUAAGGAAUGCAUCCAAGGUCUCUAUAACCUGCUAAAGUUUGCACAUCAUCCCGUCAAUCCAAUGAAUGUGCACACCAUUUCAAGCAUUAGUGCUACAGCUGCCAUGCAUCGUUUUAGUAUGCCAGAGACGUUUCCACCUCAAGAUCCACAUGUGGCACUCCCCAUCGGGUAUGCUCAAUCCAAGUAUAUUGUGGAGCAUUUAUUUGAUUAUCUCAUGAGAGAAAAGCACUUUCCUUGCAUUGUCGAGCGAGUGGGUCAACUUUGUGGCGAUACGAUUCAAGGCGCAGCAUGGAGCAAGAACGAGCAGUAUCCUUUAAUGAUCAUGGGCGGUGGCGAUCAGCUACAUAGGAUGCCUGAUUUGAAAGAUACCAUGGUUGAUUGGCUUCCUGUGAACUAUGCAUCUGCCGCUAUUGUAGACAUCAUGCUAAAGUCAUCCUUAACGCCUCUUGAGGAUCUGGUGGGACGUGUGUUUCAUAUUGUCAAUCCUAACCGUGUAAGCUGGUCUCAUGUUCUCAAGGCAAUGCAUGGCUGCGGAAUGAAGUUUCAAGUAGUGGACCCAAAAGAAUGGAUUAAGACGUUACAAGAGCAUCAAACCAAUCCAGCCUAUCGCUUGUUAUCAUUCUAUCAACUUUUUCUACUCCAAAGGGAAAAUGAUGCAAGGCCCACGCAAAUAUGGGAAACCAAGCACACUACAAGACUAACCAAGAUGCUGGCAAAAGCUCCCGUUUUGGAUACAAACCUCAUGUCAAGAUAUUAUAGAUAUUGGAAAAGCCAUGAUGCAUAA